AUGUCUGACACCGGCCGCAAGGAUUUCUCCACCAAGGCUAAGGAGGAGAUCACUCCUGAUUCCCAAAAGUCCACCUGGGACAAGGUGAAGGAGACUGUCUCCGACGCUACCGACCGUGUCACCGGCAGCGCGCAGGGCGACAGCCAGAAGUCGUACACGCAGCAGGCCUACGAUUCCAUGCGUGGCGAGAAGGACGACCAGGCCCAUGGUAGCAGCACCCAGACAAUGGGCCAGAAGGCAAAGGAUGCUACAGGAUUGGGUGAUGAAUAA